CGCGACGAUCAGGCCCUAGGCCUCGGCGAAUACUCUCAACGCUCUGUGGGGAUUUAUAUAAGGGCAUUGCCCGCGAACAAGGGUUGGAGAGCUCUCCAAAUAUCCGCCUGUUCUUCUCAGAAAGCGACCUUUCUUCACCAUGAAGUGGCCAAAGAUUGUCACUGCCGCCCUCAUCACCAUCCUUUCAGCUUCCCUCGCCACAGCAAGCCCCAUCAACAUCGACCUGGAAGAUGUGGCAUGGGAGAAGCGUGCGACGAGCCGAGCGGCUAAGUUCGGCACAGCGAAGAAAGUGCGAGGUGUGAAUCUUGGAGGAUGGUUCGUCCUCGAAGCAUGGAUGAUGCCAUCUUUCUUCACCAGCGACUUGGUAGCCAAGGGAGCCGUUGACCAGUGGACUUACAUGACAGCAGUGGGCGACAACACCCAGGCCCUCUCGCUUCUCAAGCAGCACUGGUCCACCUGGAUCACCCAGGACGAUUUUGCACAGAUCUCUGCCGCCGGCCUCAACACAGUCCGCAUCCCUGUUGGCCACUGGACUUUCAAUGCCUCUUCGUCGGAGCCGUAUCUUGCCAGCGCUGAGCAGCCGUACAUCGCGCAAGCGCUCCUCUGGGCGAAGCAGUACAGCCUCGAUGUGGUCUUGGAUCUCCACACCGCGCCCAACUCCCAGAACGGGUUCGACAAUUCGGGUAGGCAAGGCGCCAUCAACUUUGCCAAGGUCACUCCGACACAGAAUGCCGCACGCGUCAAUUCAGCACUCGUCAAGAUGAUCCAGCUCUACGUCAACAACCGACAAUUCGGUGGCGUAGUUAAGGCCAUCGAGAUUCUCAACGAGCCUGCCUGCUGGUCCCUGGGCCAGGACUACAUGACAAGUAUCCACAAGGCAGCCUACACGGCGCUUCGGGGGGCCAUCACAUCAGCCGCAAUCACCUAUCCGACGACAGUCAUCCACGAUUGCUUUGUGCAGCCGCUCAGCAAGUGGCAGAGCACCUACUCGGACACGUCCUUCUGGAAGACGAGCAGCAUGGCCAUCGACACGCACCGCUACCAAGCAUGGUCGCCGCAGAACAGCUACAACUUUGACCAGCACAUCUCCUACACGUGCGGCUUGGCUUCCGAGCUCAGCUCGGCACAGAGCAGCAUCAGGCCAACGAUCGUGGGCGAAUGGAGUCUUGCUAUUGGUUGCACCAACUGCACCUUCAACAGCAUGGCGGACAACAUCAAUGCUAUGAACAAUGCCACGCAGAACCUCUUCUUCCGUCGUUUCUACGAGGCUCAGGUGACGACGUACGAACAGGCGGGCGGCUGGAUCUUCUGGAACUGGAAGACGCAGUCCAGGGGUGACUGGAGCUACCAGGCGGCCAUGGCUCAGGGCUGGAUCCCCAAAAGCCCCACGACGAGGGUUUUCCAGCAGACGAACUCCUGCCCGACAACAAAGCUCUUGUCAAACGUCACGUUUGCCACGACUUCAUACCCUCCCGUUGUCAACUCAACGUCGGCUUCCAACUCCACGUCGACAAAGACGACAACGACGACGACGAGCAAUACGACGACGACGACUCAGAGUGCAGCCAAGCGAGAUGGCGGGCUCGACCUCGGAAACUUGCUGGGCCCCUUCGCCGGCGCGAACCUCAACCUUACGCAGAUCAUCGCCAACGGUCCAAAGGACCCGCUCGCUUUGGGUCUCCAACUCAUCCCUUCGACGGGCCGCUUCCUCAACAUCGAUGCUUUCCCCUUCAUCAAGAAAACGACCUUUGCAACUGGUCCCAGCCACUAGAAAGAGGUUUACUUUGUCGAACCAUUUGUAUUUGUACGCUUGCACAGAGAGCCGCUCUUUUGGUCUCUGCUCUGUUUGUUUUACUGUCU